AUGGAGCUCUGGAACUCCACCCUGGGAAGUGGCUUCAUGUUGGUGGGGAUUCUGGAUGAUAGUGGAGCUCCUGAACUGCUCUGUGCCGCAAUCACAGUCCUGUACUUCUUGGCUCUGAUCAGCAAUGGACUGCUGCUCCUGGUCAUCACAAUGGAUGCCCAACUCCACGUGCCCAUGUACCUCCUGCUGAGACAGCUGUCUCUCAUUGACCUCCUGUUUACAUCAGCUGUGUCUCCAAAGGCUAUCAUGGAUUUUCUGCUCAGAGACAACACAGUCUCCUUCGGAAGCUGUGCCCUUCAGUUGUUUUCAGCAAUGACACUGGGUGGUGCAGAGGACAUUCUUCUGGCCUUCAUGGCCUAUGACAGGUAUGUGGCCAUUUGCCAUCCUCUGACCUACAUGGUCUUCAUGAGUCCAAAGAUCUGCUGGAUCAUGGUGUCCACAUCAUGGAUACUGGCAUCUCUGAGUGCACUAGGUCAUACUGUGUACACUAUGCUCUUCCCUUUUUGCAUGUCCCAGGAAAUCAAACACCUGCUCUGUGAGAUCCCUCCUUUGUUGAAGUUGGCCUGUAGAGACACCUCCCAAUAUGAACUCAUGGUUUACGUGACAGGUGUGCUAUUCCUUUUACUUCCUCUUUCUGCUAUUGUUACCUCCUACACACUAAUUCUGUUCACUUUCCUCCACAUGCCUUCAAAUGAGGGCAGGAAGAAAGCCCUUGUCACCUGCUCUUCCCACCUGACUGUGGUUGGAAUGUUCUAUGGGGGUGCCACGUUCAUGUAUGUCCUUCCCAGUUCCUUCCACAGUCCCAAGCAAGAUAAUAUCAUCUCUGUGUUCUAUACAAUUGUCACCCCAGCUCUGAAUCCCCUCAUCUACAGCCUGAGGAAUAAGGAGGUCAUUGGGGCUUUUAGAAGGGUUCUGGGCAGAUAUAUUCUGCCAGCCAACCCUACCCUUUAG